GUUCAUAUUGGAGAUUUUGUGAUGGUGAAAAGGGGUAUUGGAUAGGAAUAGAUGUAAUGAGGGUGAUAUAGUCAGUGAUAAAGGAACUAAGAUAUGUUCUGCAGUUCAGUUUCUCACUUACUCACUUCUUUUAUUAUGUCUUUGUCCUUUAGCAGGGUCAUGGACUUCAAAGUUCCCGAUUCUGUUAGUCUCCUCAACUGCAACAUCGUCACCACCAGCAAUCUGAUGAACGGUCUCCCCGUAGGCGAAUGCGAACACCGUUCUCUGUUCUCCAUCCUCGUCAUACAGGAGCAUGAGUUUGGCCGUGGUAUAUAUGUGGUGGGCAAAGAUCGAACCUUUGCAUCAUCAUGCAGUCCAUCUUCGAACAUUUGCCGAGACACCUUGCACUGCAGGCACGAUUCGUACGUGUCGAAGUAUGCAACUGUGACGUUGUUGAUCACCCACAACUCGUCAUCUCUGUCUCCUUGCUCAGCCACAGCUUCUAUGUCCUCAAUUGGGAUGAUUUCUGAGUCUUCCUUGGCCAUCGUGAGGUAUUUCGUGCUCUGAUACUCUCGGACCAUGAAAUUCUUCAGGCAGUAACAUCAAUCUGCAUUCACGUUCCCUCCCAGACACUGACUCGACCUGUACCACUUCCGUCUGCAACACAAACAUCCAGUUUUACUCUCCCCCCUACUUGUGUUUCGUCCUUUAGUUCCACGACCUUGAUGUUCACUGUGACCUUCUGGAACACAUCCAAGCUCUCGAGUGACGAAAGUAUUACGGUUUUUGAUGCUGUUGCGAU